GACAUACGGAAUGGAGUGACGAAAAAAAAGCCGAAUGAUGAUUUUAAUGGUAAUGCAUCAAUGAUGGAUAUGUAGUCGAUGACUGAACAGACUAACCGACGAACAGUUCGGCAAAAUGUGUAAAUUAAACGAAUCAUGCACCGUACAUUUGACCGGAGAGUGAAAUGAGACGAGAAAAAAAGUGUGUGUAUGUAGCAACAACAGCAACAACAACAAUAACAAAUACACAGCCAGCCAGCCAGUCAGCCAUCCAGUGAGAGAGAGAACACGGUACGAGUUGUGCCUUGCAGCACAAUUCAACCAAAUCCAAUAGCAUGAAAAAUAAAUAAUAUGGGGAAACGAGUAGUGCGUAUGCGCCGUUGCUGUUAAACACCCAAGCACAGACAUUUGACAGUGUCAACAACAAACAAUAAGUACGAUACCGUCGCGCAAAACGGUAUUACGUACGAAGUCUCGAGCACUUGCUGUUUGUGUGGUGUUUCAUACAUAUAUUUCUCUUUUUUUGCUUCUCUUUAUCGAAUUUGCUCAAUUCAGUGCAAUUUGUUUCAUCUAAUUCGUUUGUUCAUCACUCUUCGUCGCAUUCAUCUUUGAAAUGGAAAGUGAAAACAGAAGUGAAAACCAUUUGAUUUUUUGGCAACAUUAAACAGUUGAAAAAUAUAUAUAGGAUUGGUUCAUUGUCGCGCGACCGAACCGAUUUCAAAGACGAGUAGUGUGUAUGUGACUAACAAUCCGUGAAUGAAAUUUGGUGUUUUUUCACCAUUUUUCGUGUCAUAAAUUCAGCAAAAAGAAAAAAAAAUAUGAUUCAGAUCAAGUAAAUGGUGUUGUAGCAGCAAAAGUGAUGAACAUAUUCCGAAAACAAACGGUGAAUCAAAAAUCGAAAUCGUGCAUUUGCUAAAAGAAGAUAUUUUUUUGAUACCCAAAAUAGAAAUUGAGAUAUAUUUGAAGCAAAGAUAACCUUAACAUUUGGUGAAAACGUGUGCAAUUCUUAAAAGGUCUGGUUCAGUUGAAUUAUGAAAGAAGUAGAAAAAACUGUCGGCGACAAUUGCCACGAAAAUUAAGGCAGCUGGAAAAAAACUGAAAUUAUUAUUGCGAGAGAAUUGCAAACACAAUAAUUCAACGGUGUAUAGCAAUCAAUCAACAAACAUGGAACGUAAUAACAACAGUUCGAGUGCGAAAAACAAAAAUUUGGUGAAGAAUGAGUGUGUACAGGUGGUGGUGCGAUGCCGUCCGAUGAGCAAAAAAGAGCAGGCGAGUGGUGAAUACAAGCAAAUCGUAGAUGUGUAUCCAACACGUGGCGUCGUUGAAAUCCAACAUCCCAGCGAUACAAACCGCGAGAAUCGUAAAAUGUUCACCUACGAUGCGGUUUAUGAUAAAAACGCAACACAAAAGAGUUUAUACGAUGAAGUGGUGCGGCCUUUGGUAUCAUCGGUGCUUGAAGGUUUCAAUUGCUGUGUGUUCGCCUACGGCCAAACGGGCACGGGAAAGACAUUCACAAUGGAAGGUAUUCGAUCGAAAAAUACUCGAGCCACCGGCGUUGCCAUCGAUGACAUCAGCCGAAAUAUCAAUGGUGACAGUGGUAAAGAAAUGGAAGGCAUCAUACCGCGGGCAUUUGAACAAAUCUGGUCGAAUAUCAAUCGAUUGGAAAAUAUGAACUUUUUAGUAGCCGUUUCAUAUUUGGAAAUUUACAUGGAAGAAUUACGUGAUUUAUUGAAACCGAACAGCACAAAAUCGCUGGAAUUGCGUGAACACGAGCAAAUGGGUGUUUAUGUGCCGAAUUUGCAUUCGGUGCUGUGUAAGAACGUUGAAGAAAUGCUAAAUGUUAUGGCUCAGGGAAAUAAGAAUCGCACUACGGGCAAAACCAAUAUGAACGAGCAUAGUUCAAGGUCACAUGCGAUUUUCAUGAUAAAAAUCGAAAUGUGCGAUUUGGAUACGAACAAGGUGAAAGUGGGAAAAUUGAAUCUCAUCGAUUUGGCCGGCAGUGAACGGCAAUCGAAAACCGGUGCCACCGCCGAUCGACUGAAAGAAGCCAGUAAAAUUAAUCGUGCACUCUCAUCGUUGGGAAAUGUGAUUUCAGCAUUGGCCGAAAAUUCACCACACAUUCCAUAUCGAGACUCGAAACUGACACGAUUGCUGCAGGAUUCAUUGGGCGGCAAUUCAAAAACCAUUAUGAUUGCCAAUAUUGGGCCAUCGUCGUACAAUUACAAUGAAACGGUGACAACAUUACGAUAUGCACAGCGAGCCAAAACCAUCCAAAAUAAACCCGUCAAAAAUGAGGAUCCACAGGAUGCCAAACUGAAGGAAUACCAACAAGAGAUUGCUAAGUUGAGGCAAAUGAUAGCCGAACGUCAAAAUCGUGAAAAGCCUACACCAAAGCGAAAAAAGAAGCAGACAAUUAUCGAGGUCAUAGCGAAAAAUGAUUUAAACCAGUACGAUGAUGACGAGGAAGAUGAUAAGGAUGAUGAUGAAAGUGACAAUGAAAAGGACUUCAUCAACGAUGCAAUGGCAGAAACAAAUGAAGCAUUAACGCGCGAGAAAGAGCUAACCAAUAAGUUAACAUCGAAAUUAACGGAAAUGGAAAGUCGACUGGUGCGCGGUGGUCGCAAUAUUUUGGAUACAUACAAUGAACGACAGAUUGAGCUGGAAAAGAAACUGAACGAAAUUGCCGAACGAAAGAGACGUGAAGUUGAAAUGCAACAACAGCUUGAAAUGCAAGAAGAGACAACGAUUGAAAUCCGCGAAACUUUGACAUCUGUUCAACAAGAAGUUGAACUCAAAACACGCAAAUUGAAGAAAUGUUACGCCAAAUAUAUGGCCUUAAAACAGGAGCUAGUCGACACACGAGAUGAGCACAACCGUGAAAGAAGAGAGCUUGAAAUGUCACAGAAUGAUUUGAUAAAGGAACUAAAGCGAAUUCUUCUGUUGAUCGAUAAUUUUGUACCAAUUGAAGUAAAAACUCGGCUGUACACACAAGCACGAUACGACGAGGAGCUGGAAGAAUGGACAAAUAACUCGAAUCGGUUAACAGAGAAUACUCCACUGAGACGGCCCGUUUCACAGCCGCAUCGCCGACGCCCAAUAUCAGAAUUUGCACUGAAAAUGAUGCAGAAGAAUGAUGAGGAUUCGGUCAAUAUUCGAGGUGAAAACAUUCUAAUGCACGAGCUAGAUAUGCCACUGAGAACUACAACGGACUACAAAAAUCCAAAGAUAUCCGCGUCGCUUCAGGCAGUUUUGGCUGAAGCCUUACAGACGGACGAUGAUGUAGAUAUCUCUGGCCAGACAAAUCAGCAGAUAAUGCGAUCACGUCUAGACAAGAUACUGAAUAGAAAUGCACAGGAACCCAUUCAAAAUAAUCGGGUUCAAUCCUCCUCUAGAAUAAAAUCGUCGAAGGAUUUGGUGACAGCUCGUCGCAGUGUGUCAUCCUCCCGAAAGCAGCCAACAUCGGCAUACCCAAAAGCCAGGGGACUUGUUACCAAAUAAUAAUAGUCUGUAUUUUCGCACAAUUAUGUAAUUUAUGUUCACAAGUGACUCGAUAGUCACACAUUUUCUCAUCGUUAUCGAAACAAACAAACAAGCAAAGUAUUGAAAACACAUCCAGUGAAAUUGGCUUCUAACAUAGCAAACUUUUUUUCAUUGUAUUUCUUCGUUUAUUCUUUGUUUUGUGAUAUUCAAUAUGAAUGUUAGUUUCGAGUAGAAGUUCGACACUUUUACCGAAAAUGUGACGGUGGUAGGAAAAAAGGAAAUUGGUUUUCUUCUGGAAAGAAGACUCAGUAACAAAUCAUCCUUUUUUUGGUCGCCAGUCCAACAGGAACUUAUACAAACAGAUUGUAUUGAAUUUAGAUGAAAUUAGUUCAAAAUCUUUGGAUUGAAUGAGAUACAAACAAAAGUAAAUGAAUUCAAUCAAAGGCACACUCCAUCAACUAAAGAGUGUUUCAAUAGCGACGCACAAAAGUAUUGAUAAAUAAAACAAACAAAUUUAAUUUUUUUUCCGAAAUCUUUAUUGUAUAUUGUAGUUUGGUCCUUGCCAUUUAUGUUUUGAACUGAGUAUGGUCAGCUACGGUACUCGCAAUAAACAUAUCUUUCACAGAACAGUAAAAAAAAUGAUCCAGUUUUGAUAAAUUUGAGGAUUGAGUGACCAACCUACGCAUUUUGCGCCCAAAAUAUAUGACAUUUCUGAAGCUCGAUUCUGAUUAAAUUGUUUUUAACGAUUUUUUAAAGUCAUAUAAUUGUUGAAUGGAGUUGUCUAUACAAUCAGUGCCCCUAGCUGUCAUUUUAAAGUAUAAAAAUCAAUAAUUGUAACAACCAUUUUUGCAAAAUUGGCCAAAGUUGGCCAUGAUGGCCAAAAACGGCCAAUUCUGCUCUGGUUGUUGGGGCGAACUUUUGGCUCAAGUUGAGAUAAAAACUGUUAAAAAUAAAUAAAACGAGAAAAAUUGAAUUUCGAGAGGUAAAAAGCAAGAUUCUCACAUGACAUUUUGAUUUUUGGUAAAUUCAAAAAUGGACCUAUUAUCGUGGUUUGAUUUCACAAUUUUAACGCGUUGCUUUUUGAAAUAUCUCUUCAUGGCACAAAAUGGUAAAGACUGACGAAUAAUUUUGACGUAUUAGUUUAUUAGACAGAUCGGGUAGCCUGUCAUGAUUUACGAUAGGGUUACUUUUGUGCGUCGCUAUUGAAACACCCUUUAUUUAAUCUGGAUUAGCCAAAUACCACAUAUUCAUAAUUUUCAUAUGCAAACAAACAAAAAUGGAAUCGAAUCGAUUUAAUAUUACCACUUAUGCUUUACAGCCUUUUGUUUACAAUUUACAUGUUCGGUAUUUUUUAUUUACUUAAAUGAAAAGUCAAAUAAAUUAUUCAAGCCAGUCAAAAGAUGAUCAGCAAACAUGAAUGAUCUGACAAAAUUUAUGAUAUCUUUGAAUUCAAUAUUGCGCGGCAAUAUUAUUCAGCAAACAAUUGCAACAAUGCUUUGACAUUAUACCACAAAUUAUGAAUUACAAGAAAAUAUCAAAUAAAAUCGCUUAUGAACGUGUCAUCACAUUA